AUGCCGUUAGAUCGCGACGCAUCCGGGUUGACAUUCGUUCACCACCCCUCCGGUCAGCGAACUCACUACAUCCUCGACGACUUUACCGAUCCUUGGCAAACCCGAGAGACAAUCUUGAUACAACAUGGUUUUGGGCGGCAUGCCGCGUUCUGGUACCAUUGGGUCCCAAUCUUAUCUCGCCAAUACCGUGUCAUACGACGCGAUUUGAGAGGCCACGGACACUCUAGUUAUCCAAAGGACACAGCAAAGUAUGACUAUACUGUAGAUUCAAUCUUGGGGGAAAUCCUCGACACGCUCGACCAACUCAGCGUGGAGAAGGUGCAUCUCCUUGGCGAGUCAACUGGAGGUAUGCUGGGCGAGAUAUUCGCAGCCAAACAUCCCGAGAGAGUUUUGAGCUUGACAGUAUGCUCAACACCUAUCCAUUUGCCGCCACAAGCUCUACAACUCUUCGCGUUCGGUAAGAAGAAUUGGCCGGCGGCAUGCAGGGAGCUUGGAUCGCGGGGUUGGGCGGAGGCCUUGUCGCGAGUUCCUGGCACAAUUCCGGUUUCGGAUCCGCACUAUCUUGCGUGGUAUCUGGAACAAAUUGCUGUUAGUGAUGGUGAGGGGUUGGCUCAGUAUGCGGAGUUCCUGUCAACACUGGACGCGAGACCGUGGUUGAGGGAGAUCAAAGUACCAACAUUGAUCUUAUCGCCAACGCAGAGUGCUGCUGUGAAAGUACAAGACAUGGAGAUUUUGGCUGAGACAAUCCAAGGAAGUAAGUUGGUGCUCAUCGAGGGCCCGGGCCAUGAGAUAUAUGUCAGUCAGGCAGAGACAUGUCAGGAAGCAUUCCUCGCUUUCUUGAGGGAUGUGAGUAGACAAGGUACUGAAAAAGCAAGUCAGCAUGACUAA